UUAAUUUACGUUUGUGACUUAAAUAACAUUAAAAAAACUUAUUUUAAGGCAAACUAUGAUCGUUUUCUAACCCUAAGCAAGUCGUUCUGUUGCACUGUUGUUUAGCUUUGUUUCAAUUUACAACGAGUUUAAAACUGCUUCUGUAAUCCGUGACAAAAUACCCUUGAAGCGUAAUUGAGAACGCAGUUUAGUUACACGAGAAGGUCAUUCUGCAGGAGACAGGGUUGGGGAGUCAUAUGAGCCACAACCGCGUCAACAUUGAAAGCCAUUUUGUGGUGAUUGAAAGUUCUCAAUACGCUUUUUUUUUGCUACCAAAACAUGUUUUGAGGUUCAACCCCCGGCCCUAUUUAUGAAAAACGAGACAUCUUUUACAGGGUGACAUGCGAGGCUACAUUUAUAGUUUGACAUUCAAGCUAUAGUGUUCAGCAGUCCAUAGAAAAUGAUUUGAAAUCCAUUACAUUUCUUCUUAAAGCGAUCGAAAAGAGAGGGGAUAGACGCUUCCCUUGGCAGAUGCUGGGAGGAGAUACUAACAGGUUCUUCCUCAAGUCAAAUUUGAGAUUGUUUGUCUGACAUCAGUUGGUGAGUGAUGCUUUUUGACGCUGGGGGUGGGGGUGUUGGCUGCCACAUCCGCACCAACAGGUACUUUAAACUCAAGCCUGAUGUGUUGUUUCAAGGUUACUGACCAGACUGUCUCAGCUGUAAGUGGGAUCUCUACCUUAUUUAUCAUCAUUUGAGGUAUUUGUAACAUAACUUCUCUCAUUUAAGAUAUGAAAUUAUGGAGGAUUAUACAAUCCUGCUCAAGCUUUAAGAGUUCGAUAAGUUAAGAAAGAAGUUUGAAUCUGAACCCUGUGUUUUCUUCGUAGCUUCAUGUCACAGAGGAACACUAUAAAUACCCAUGCAAUAUACAGUAUAUAUAGAAGAGUGGUUAUUUAAUCCUAAGCAAUGGAAAUUCAUUGUGACCUUCACUUGUAUUGUUGAUCCUCGGUUAUUAUUAACAUUUUUAAUUUCUGGAUGACAAAUGUAUAAUUUCUUUGCAUGAGAUUUACCCCAACACACUAAAAUAUAGGCAGUUAUUUCCCUUCAUAUCCGUUUGCUUUGUCAAUUUUGGUGCAGUGCAUUCGAAGCACCGAUGGGUGCGAAGGCAGCAGGAAGUGUGUUUUGGGCCGUCUUUCUGGUGCUGCUUCCUGUGGCAGUUAAACUAUCAUCACCCACGUGUGUGUCCUACAGAAUCAGAAACACAUGUGGCUUAAAGGGCUCAUCCGUAGAGUUUCCCUGCUCCUUCCCCAAUGAUACUCAAGUCAUCUCAAUUUCAGGAUGGAACAAAAGAUUGCACCCUAACAGGAAACUUGUACCCUUGAAACAGACGCGAGCUUAUUUGUUUCGAAAGAACUUCCUCGAACGUGGAAACAAUGACUGCACGUUGAAACUGACAGACAUAAAAAAGACUGACACAUCCAGUUUCCAUUUCGUGUACCAUUUUAGAAAUGUUAAAGGUGCGACGGUGACAUGUGGAGGCGCCCCUGGUGUGAGGCUUGAGGUCUUUGAGUCUCCUGUGAAACUCCUGGUGGACAAGUUUGUUAGGAGAAAGGAUCAUACAGUGAUAGAGAGUCAGAAGGUAGUGCUGACUUGUGUCCCCACCUGUGCUACCAAUCUGAACUCCAACCCAGGCUACAUCUGGUACAAGAACACACUGCAAUUAAAUGGCAGCAGAGCAAACUCACCUUCUCUGUCUUUGGACCCAAUCAGUAUUGAGGAUACGGGCAGUUAUGUCUGCGCCAUGAUUGGCUACAAAGACCUCCCCUCGUCUCCUGUCAAUCUCACCGUCCAGAGAAGACCCGUAAACAUGUUGUUGCCUGCAAUCCACGACGAUGGAUCAAAGAAGGACUGCGUACAGACUCAGAACUCCACAGACCAAAUCUUCAAUAACUACCUGACACCCAAAAGCAAAAGCAUGUUUACGUUCUCGGUAACGUGUAUAGUCAGUGUUUGCAUGGGAUGGGUAAUUGUAAUAAUUGUGGUUAUACUAGUCAGAGCAAAGAAGAAGAAGAACGAGAAGAACAGAAGGUGUUCUGGUUCAGUCCCUGGGCCUCCCGACCCCAACAGCGACUCCUACAUGGCACUGGAUAUUGAAUCCAUGUCUGCUGAAUAUGGCACACUGAGCACAGUGCGACGCUGCUCGGCUGCUGAUCCUGUUUAUGAGAACUUACAACAUAACCCCCUGAGAUGAGAGAGAGGUUUUAAAGCAGCCCAGUACAACAUGUUAUAUUCCAUGUGUAUACCUUUCAUAUUAUUUCCACUGUGUACCACAAGUUUUUUUAAUUGUUAUCAGUUUGGCAUGUGCAACUAAAGUUCAUUUAUUACAAUAUGUAAAUUAACUUGAUUUGAAUGCAAGGGGGAACCCUUAGGUCUGAAAAGUCUUCACACCUUCCGGCGCAGACUGAACACUCACCUGUUUCCACUGCACCUCGGCGAAUGAAGAAAACAAUAUAACUGUUCUUUGUAUGUUGCACUUGUAUUGGUUUGGCUUAUUUAUAGC